AUGUCUCUUUCCAAAACUCCUCAGCUUAAAGUCCUCAUCAACGGCGCUGGCAUCGCAGGAUCCAACCUUGCGUAUUGGUUAGCUAGGACCCGCCUCAAUGCAUCCAUCACGGUUGUAGAACGAUCACCAUCUCCUCGGCCGACUGGACAGUCUAUCGAGAUCCGCGGCGCAGCCAUCUCUAUCGUCGAGAAGAUGGGCUUGUUGCCAAGUGUGCUCGCACGCAACACCACAGAGGAUGGCACUCGCCUUGUCAACGCUUCCAAUAAGAUCAUCGCCGAGUUCGGAAAAGGCGACAAUCGCUUCACAUCUGAGUAUGAGAUUUUGCGAGCCGAUCUAUGUGGUUUAUUUGUGGAUGCGUCCAAGAGCAUGAAGAACGUCAAUUAUGUGUACGGGGACUACGUCACAGCCGUGGAACAAACGGAUAAGAAAGUCGAUGUUAUCUUCAACAGUGGAGCAAAAGAUAGCUUUGACUUCAUCGUUGGUGCAGAUGGCUCAGCAUCACGUAUACGGUCUCUUAUCUUGGACCAAGAAACGCGGAAGGAUAGCUACAACUUCAUUGGCCAGUAUAUUGCGUACUUCAGCAUUCCUCGUGAAGAUUCAGACACAAAGCACUGGUACUGGUACAACGCACCGAAAGGCUUAGGCCUCAUGACACGACCGCACCGCAACGGAAAGACCACUGGAUGCUACAUGUGCGUCACGACACCAGCACAUGGACAUCGUGAUCCGCUUGCCGAAGCAGCGAUGGAUGGAGGGCCCGAAAAGCAGAAGGAAUUUCUACACGCGACCUUCCAUGAUGCAGGAUGGCAGGCAAAGAGAAUCCUGGCUGGUAUGGAUGGGUGCGACGAUUUCUACAUGAGCCGUGCAGCGUACGUCAAGCUCCCCACAUGGACGAACAACCGUGCGGUACUCCUCGGCGAUGCAGCCCACGCAACAUUCGGAGUGGGAGUCACUCUCGCGGUCGAAGGUGCAUACCACUUAGCAGGCGAGCUCAGCAAGAUAGAGAACAGCGAUGGCAUCCCAGCAGCGCUCAAGCUCUGGGAGGAGAAUUUCCGUAAGAUCCAAGGAAAGCAUGAAAGUCUGCCGCCUGGCUUUCCACAGCUUGCUUUCCCGCAGACCGCCUGGGGGAUCAAAGUGCGCGACACGCUUGCCUGGACUAUCGGGAAGACCAAGGCUUACAAGUUGCUCCCGGAAGAUAAGCCUGAUGACUCGAAGCUGCAAAAUUACGAGUGGAUUACUGUAUAA